GUGUGUUUUUAUUGUGUCGUGAGACUUUCACUGGGGCCAUGGCGAGCGCCUCGGCGGACUGGGGGCGCUUCGGCGAGUGGGUGUACGCGUUUUGUAUCGUGACAUUUGACCUGGAGCUGGGCCAGGUGCUGGAGCUCCUCCACCCAUCGCACGUGACUCUAUCGGAGCGCGAGCGCUCCAAUAUCUGCUACCUCGCCUUCCCGGACAGCAACAGCGGCUGCAUGGGCGACACCGAGUAUCACGUGCGGCUCCGCAGAUCGCCCGUGGGGGCGCUAUCUUCCGCCCACCAAUCCUACAACCGCGUCGCCAGCGAUCCACAGAGGGCGGAUCCGGGCCAUUUAUGGGGCUUCGUCUACUUCCGCCAAACCCGCGCUCCUGAUCUGCCUCGCGGCUACUUCCAGAAGAGCUUCGUUCUGCUCACCCGACUGCCCUUCCUGGCCCUGUUCUCGCGGGUCACGCACCACGUGGCACCCCUGUUCUUCGACGCCGAAGACAGCGGACUUGUGCUCCAGGAAGCCGCGCGGGCGAUCAGUGAGUGGCCACCAUUGGCUCCUGGGCCUGUCGUUCUGCCCUUUAUGGGUCGCCGCUUCUCCGCAAUCGUCGGCGAGGGCCAAACGGAGCCCACGGAGCAGGGCGAGCGCAUCACUUCUCUGCACGAACUGGACAGCCUCCAGGGACUGCUGCAGCUUCUGCCCCACGUUCAAUUGCUGUGGGAGCUGAUUAUCACAGGAGAACCAAUAGUUGUGAUGGCUUCAUCGCCCACUGACUGCUCUCAUCUGGUGCAUUGCUUGACAAGUAUGAUCGCCCCGCUGGUGUACAGUGGCGAGGCGCGGCCGUACUUCACCAUCCACGACAGUGAGUUCCGGGAGUUCACGAGUCACGGAGCCCCGUCGGUCAUCCUCGGCGUCACAAAUCCCUUCUUCGCCAAGACACUGCAGCACUGGCCGCACACCAUUCGACUCACGGACAGCUCUGCUGGAGCUCUGCCCCGCGUGAGAUCCACAUCGAGGCUUCUGGAGGCAGCGCCUGGAGUGUAUACGCAGUGGCGCCCUCACGUGACACAGGAGCGCAGCCUCAUCCGGCAAGUGAUGGGCCGGGCGGGACGGCCGGUGGCCAUCCAGACGGCCAUGCUGCGACGCUACUUAGUGGAGCUCACGCAGAGCUUCGUCAUCCCGUUGGAGCGCUACAUGGGCAGCUUGAUGCCGCUUAUGCGUGACGUGUCGCCCUGGGGAUCGCCACCGGCUCCCCAUCCCUUCCGCCAGGAAGACUUCCUAGCCACGCUCUCGCACGCGGGGCCUCAUCUCACGUCCAGCCUCCGCGGGGAUUGGGAGGGCCUGUACAAGCGCUUCUUCCGCUCCGCCAACUUCCGCGCCUGGCACGAGGCGCGGCGGACUCAACUCACGCACGCCCUACAGGAGCUGCACCUGCAGGCGCUGGCGCGACAGGACCUGAGCGCGUGGGUGGUCGGCAAGCACGAGGUGGAGCUGGUGGACAUGGUGCUGAAGCUGAGACAGAAGAUCGCCGCCACGGCGGCCAGCGAGACGCGACAGCAGCUGGAGCGCCAUCAGAGUGACAUCGAGGCCAGCUUGCCGGAGGAUUUGCGUCUCCUGCUGAAAUCUGGGGCAGCGCCCACUUGAUGGCCACAGCAGUGCCUUCGCCAAUCUCAUUUGCAUGUACAAAGACUCAAGAAA